AUGGAGAAGGUAGAAUGGCAGGAAAGGUCCCGUCGCCAGCGCCACCAUCGUCAUGAAGGUGCAAGUUUUCUCGGCGUGAAGAAAGAUAUAAUCCUAGCGGUCCUCGUUGCCGUUAUCACGACAUUUUUCCUUUCUAGCCAAUGGCAUGCGCCGUCCCCUUAUCAUGAGCAUCCCCACGCCGAGUACCAGCUCAACGCAGCGGACCUGGAAUACGGCCUUGCGCAAUGCGCGCUGAACCAGCAACGUCCCGUCGUAGACUACAACCUAGCCAGCUCGCGGCUAGCAGCCUCCCGUUCCAGCACCGGUAAGCGGACGAUCCUGCACAACGCCACGCUCAUCAACGGCGACGGCACCGUGACGCACGACACCGUCAUCGUCAUCCAGGAUGGGAUCUUCACCUCCGUCUCCAGCACCUCCUCCUCAUCAUCAUCCCUAACCCCUCCCCCCUCCCCCGAGUCCGGGGACGUGGUGGUCGUCGACCUGCGCGGCCGCGUCGUGACGCCGGGGCUCGUGGACAUGCACUCGCACGCGGGCGUGCGCGAGACGCCGCAGCUCUGGGCCACCGAGGACGUGACGGAGAUCUCGGCGCCGCUGACGCCGUGGGCCCGCGCCAUCGACGGCUUCAAGCCGCACGACGCCGCCAUCCCCGUCAUCGCCAGCGGCGGCGUGACGACUUCGCUCGUGCUCACCGGCGCCAAGAACCCCAUCUCGGGCGAGGGCUUCGUCAUCAAGAUGAAGCGGGCCGACUCUGUUCUCGGUAUGCUGCUCGAUGCCCCUGAAGCAAAGGGGAGCGUGGGGGUUAAGGGAAAGCCCCAGCGCUACCUCAAGAUGGCUAUGGGCGAGAACCAGAAGCGCCAGUUCGAGAACGUGGCGGGCGGCCCCGCGACGCGGCUCGGCGAGUCGUACUGGUUCCGCAAGGCGUACGACACGGCGGCGCGCGUGAAGCGCGAGCAGGACCGGUGGUGCGAGGCGGCGGCGGCGUCGACAGGGGGGCGCGGGCUGGUGUCGCGCGAGUACCCGCGGUCGCUGGAGUGGCAGACGCUCGUCGACGUGCUACGCGGCGACCUGCGCGUCAACGUGCACGGGUACGAGACCGAGGACGUGCUCGCCAUGUUCGACCACGCCGACGAGUUCGGGUUUAACAUCACGGCCCUGCACCACGCGCUGCACGCCGAUCUGUUGAUAGACCAGAUCAAGGCCCGCGAUAUCGCCGUCGUCGGGUUCUCGGAUAUCUGGGGCGAUAAGAAGGAGUUGUAUAAUGUCAGCUCGUACUUACCUGCGAGGGUCGCGGAGAGUGGCAUUCCGAUGGUGCUGACGCGCGACCAUCCCGCGGAGCAUGGCCAGUGGUUGAUUUACGAGGCGCAGAUUGCGCAUCAUUAUGGCUUGAGCGCUGAGGAUACUGUGAAGUCUAUUAUUGGACAUCCUGCUCGUCUUAUUGGUCUGGAUAAUAGACUUGGAUUCGUGAGACCUGGCUACGAUGCCGAUCUCGUGGUUUGGGAUCGACACCUUCUACAAGUUGGCGCUACACCCCUUGAGGUGUAUAUCGAUGGAGUCAGCGUAGCUCGCGCUUCCGAAAGCGUAUGGAAGGCUUCGGAAUCUGCGGCCUUUACGAAGGAAGCACCUCCCUCGCGGUCUGACGACAUUCCUGGAAAUGAAUGCAAGUCAGGUCAGUCUGACAUCGUCGUGCAUGGCUUAAAGGUGAGCUUCAUCGGCGACGAUGGCAUACGGAGCGAAGAGCCUGAGACGGGAAACGUUACCGUUGUUGUACGCGAAGGUCGCAUUGUAUGCGUCGGUGGAAGCAAGUGCGAGACUUCUGCGAAACAAGCAGUCGAAGAUAGUAUUCCCUCAAUCGACUUGCAAGAUGGAUAUAUGCUUCCCGGCCUUACGAUCGUCACUCGCCAGCACGGCUUGACCGAAAUGCAUCAAGAACCAUCAACCUCGGAUGGCGCCUCCGCAGGCGAGGAAUACGCAAACCCUUUAUCAAGCAGAUUCGGAAUUAAAUUUGAUGGAAUACAUCUGGGGAGGGCAUACCGUAGUGGUGUCACUCGAGUUAUAACACCGCCGCUGACGACCGGCUUCUUUCAUGGAAUUAGCACCCUGUUCCGCUCAGGGGCUAAAAGUGUACUUGAUGACGGCGCAAUCGUCGAGCCCAGCGCCGCUCUUCAUUUCACAAUCGGACAUGACGCAAAAUCACCUCAAACGCCAUCUAUCACGUCUCAGAUAAGUAAACUGCGUGACCUACUUACCGUAGACAAGCACCUCCACCCCAUCUACGAAAGCGCGGCGAACGGCGAAAUCGCGGUAGUUAUUCACACGAACAACAAAGACGUCAUCGCUCACAUGGUGGCCCUGAAACAGGAAACCGGCGCUCAUAUCGCCAUCAUGGGCGGCGCAGAAGCCCACCUGAUAGCCUCUGAGCUCGCGGAGGCCGACGUGCCAGUGAUCGUCGCGCCGUUUUGGGGAUGCGAACCUCUGUUCUGGGACGGGCGCAACUGCCUUCCGGGCCCGCCGCUCACGGACCGGCUCGGCCCGCAAGUAUUGAUCGACGCCGGUGUCAAGGUUGGUAUCUCCAACUGGGAGGACAAGAACAACCACAUCCGGAACAGCAUCUGGGAAGCUGGCUGGGUUGCCGGUCCGGGAAACCGGAGCUUGGCGCUCGACCUCGUUUCCAAGAACAUCGAGGAUAUCUUGCAGCUCCCGCGCAGCCGGGACUUUGUGGUCUAUGAAGGAGAUCCGUUUAACUUCGGAGCCCGUGUUGCCCUGAUAUUUGAGGAGGGCAAAGUGCAAAGUUGUUACCCAAGCGUCGAUGAGUUAGUCUAA